AUGUUAAUAAAUAACCAACUUGCAGCCGGCGAAUAUCGUCAUAAUUAUAUUCGUUUAGCAUUUAUAUUGGGUACACUACUUUUAUUCAUUGGUUAUAUUGCUGUCUGUCAAUUAUUUGAACGUGGCAAUCAUCCUGCUUCUAUUAACGGAACAAUACGUCCUGAAAAUUUACGUCUUAAUGAAAUUACUCCAUCGGAUUGGGUUUAUCGAAGUUUAAAUGCACUUAAUUAUCUUUGGCAGUUCUCUUGGUUACUCUAUUCAUUAACAUUUAUUUAUCGCCGAUCAUCAACUGGCUAUUUAUAUCUAUCACCAAAUACAUUAACACCAACAUUUUAUGUUAUUUAUAAUCUGUCUUUUCUUAUUCCAGCAUUUUGGUUAAUAUUCCUUCAAGAAACUUAUUUAAUCUGGACUUGGGUUAUAUAUUUAAUAUCAUUCGUAUUAUUAUCAAUGGCUUUGUUUAUUAUUAAUAAUAAUGUAGCAAUUAAUAGAAAACUAUAUGAAACUGAAGGAUUUAAUCGAGAUAUUUGGUGUCUACGAUUUUUUGCACAAAAUGGUGUAGCUUUUUUUGCUGCUUGGACAGCUAUUCGAUUUAUUCUUGCUUUUGAUACAUUUCUUCAAGUUUUUCUUGGUUUAUCAUUGGCAACUUCUGGUACAGUUGUAUUAGUUUUAGCAGCAAUAUUCGCUAUUACAUUCUUUUUCAUACCAAAUUUCAAUGCAGCUCUCGUAGAACAGUGUGCUUAUCAAUUUGCACCAUGGAUUGUCUUUAUCUUUUAUUUCUGGGGUGUUGUUGAAAGAAAUUGGGUUCCAAAACAGGCUACAAGAAAUAAUAUUAUUGCUGCAAUUGAACUUGCAGCAUGUGUAGUUUCGGGUAUUGGUGCAUUGGCUUUAUUUGCUAUACGUUAUCGUACAUCAAAAAUUGAUCCAUUAGUUUAA